GUACCGGAUGUGGGCAGCAGGUGCCACCGGAAGUGUGCUCGUCCAUCCCUGCCUGCAGAGAAGAAGAAGCUAGCGGCUCUGAAUUGGCAAAAAAAACCAUUCAUUCAUCGCAACAGAAGAGAAAUAACUAAUAAUGGCUGAAAUGAGCACCGCCCUGCCCAACCACAGAAAGACCAAGCCUGGAGGUAUUAAGCCCGGGCCCGUAAACACCGGAGCGUCUGGGCCGACGUCCCAGAUUCCCGGUCUGUCCCAGAGUGCUGACGAAAGCACUCCAGCGGAGAGGUCCAGCGGACGCCGAGUCGGGAUAUUUGCGUCCGACUCGGAGUACGUCAAGCUUGCAAAGCAGGGAGGACACAAAGGGCUGCUGAGUCAUGAUGUUGAGAGUGAGGAUAAUCCGGUGAGAGCCUACAAUCCAGCGAGCUGGUUUGGAGACAAUGAGACAAAGAAUGGAAGCAAAGCAACGUCUCCUGACAGCCAGAUGAAGGGGGGCAGCCUGCCUCUGGCUGCACCGUUUGGCACUGAUAACAGUUCGUCCUGGGAAAGAGAGGCUGAUAGCUUUUCCAAUGAUAAAGAUAAGAUGUCUCCUGAUGAUGCUGCCGAUGAGUUGGAGGAUCUGUCCUUAGGCGGCAGUCACAAGAGAACGUGUGCUACUAAGGGGGCUCUGCCAGUCAGCAUGACCAAGCUGCUGAGUCAUGGUUAUAUUGAGGAGAAGAAGAAGUCUACCAAUGACGACGAUGCCUCAAGUGUGACCUCAGAGCAGACCAGCACCAUCGCGACGGAGGAUGCGGACGUGGACGAUCUGGAGUAGUGUGCACAGGUCCUCACCUUGAGGGAGAAGGGGGGCGUCGUCCUAACACUGGUUCAUGGUGUCGCAAACCCACGAACACGCCACUCCGCCCGUCACGGGAUUCACUCGCAUUAAUUGUACAUCCACUGACUCUUAGGUUUUUGUACUCAUGUUUAUGCAACAGGUACCGUCCUAUAUGUUUUGCUUUAAUUUAUAAAAAAGGAACUCACACAGGUUUUCGUUGAGUAGACGUGUCGGUGCUCGCAGUGUAUUUUUGCGUUCAGUGUUGUCGUUUCUCGGUUUGAAAGACGAGUCGUGCACAGGGCAGGAAACUAACAUUUUGGUUCUGUUAUUUUGCCAGCUAGUUAAAUUUUUAGAAUUUAAAACAAGAGACAGCUUCACCCGCUUAAUUCUAGACUCUCGUGCGUUUCGCCGGUGGCAGUUGUUAGUUUCCCUCCCUGGUUGUAUGAAGUUCGAGUUAGUGAAUUUGUAUGAAGUGUUUGUGCUUAUGAAUUGUGGUGCCAGUGACGUGAAACAUAUUUUGUUUUGAUCAAGGGCUCCGGCUUUAUGAAGGCAUGUCCGCGGUAUGUGUGUUUUCGGCUGCGGCGGUGGACAUGAUCAUUCGUUGAGACCGCGACCCCGCAGCCAUGACCACAUGCCAAAGGGCGUACUGAGGGCGAAAGCCACUGCGGUUUGUGUGGUUGAAAAAGGUCCAAACAUGAUUUUUAGGUUGCUGCUCUGCAGAAGGUUGCUCUUCUCUUCUUUUCCCAAAAAAUCUUGUCUUUUUUUUUAAUAGUGAAACAUGCAAUAGCAUAAUUUUUUUGUUCAAGCUGCGUUUUUGUGAAUCAUUCUUGUCCCCCUCCCCCAAAAAACAAGUGCAUUCAAAAGCGAAUGCAUCUGGAAAAAAAGGAACAAAUUGCUCGAAUAACUCAAGUGACGUUUGCCAAUUCCAAUAAGAAAAACCAGCAGGUGCUGCAAAUUCAAUUCUCUCAUCAGUGCCUAUAAAUUAGGACGCUCAUCAGUAAGUCAAUAACUGUGCCAAGAGCUGGAUGCUGGUCCAGAUAUGUCCGACGCUUGCUAAUGAUAGAAUUAUGUUGUUUGCGUUCUGCAUGUUACAUUUUUUGCAGUUUCCCGCAGCCUCGCGCAACAAGGGAUAAAACAUUCUGGAAAAUUGUCGGAGAGAGCCAGCCUUCUGCAGGCCCACGACCCGAAAAUCCAUCCCAGUGUAAUUCCCUGUGAAGAUUAGACGAGGUUUUUGAAUAAGUGAGUUCUGAACAUGCCAACCAAGCAGUUUUUUCCCUGCUCACAUGCAGUGUUUUGACCUAGUAGACACCAGUAGGAGAAGUUAGUUGAUGCACAGCCUGGUCCCACCCAACGCUCCAUCUCAUCACGUGUUUAUCUGCCUGAUAAACAUUUUAUUCUGUUCAGAUUAGGGAGUUUAAUUAAGGCAGCAUCAUGUUUUUUGCAUAUAUAAACAAAACCAAGCACAGGUAAAUCUGAGCACUGUAGCAGCUGCGUGGGUACGAUUCCAGUCCGGACUGUUCGCUGCAUGUCAUCGUCAGUCUCUUGUUUCCUGCUUUUCCACUGUCACUACCAUAAUAAAGGCAAACAUGCCAGAAAAAAAAACAACGAAAGAAACUUCACAAUCAAACUUUGCAGCACUGAAAAAUACAUUUCCUUGUGUUUUGAGUGGUCACAAACGAUAUGACACUAGAGUUUGUGGUUUGAUUCGUGACAUAGACCUCACACCUUUCCCUUGUUUCCUGUCUGUCUCUGUCCUCUCCACUUUCAAUGAAAAUGCAAACAUUCGCCGAGCCUAAUGGGUGCUUUAAAUUCCUAAAUAAAAGCCAAAUUCAAGAAAAAGGCCUUAAACUAACAUAUCUUUAAAAUAAAACACUAAGGAAUGAUGGUUUCCUCACUAAUGUUAGCCAUUUUAAAACAAAAGCAACUCAACACGUUAUCAAACAUUCUCCGAGGAGGAGUAAACUACCAGAUUGAUGCCACUUUGACAAUAUACUUCAAGUCGAGAAAUAGAUCCUGGGAAAUAUGGACUGAACGCGGAGUUAGCCUCGGCCUUAUAUGUUUAUUAUGUGUAAGAUAUUGACUGAGUCAGAAACAAAAAAUAAAUUUUAGGAGAUUUUUUAUGCCACAUAAAUCAAAAGGAAGACCAGGAUGAAUGAACAAUCGUUAACUGCAGGUUUAUUUGUGUUGUUUAUUGCCAAGAUAAAUGCAAGAAGGAAAUGGCAAAUAAUAGGAUGUGCAUUUUCAGUAUCUGCAGGUCUUAAAAAGCCCUGAAUUUACUUUCCGUCAGAGCGCUUUUAAAAAGAGCCAUAAAUACUUCCCGUUGUCUAUUGACUGCUGACGUUUAAAUCUUGUUUAUGGCAGCCAGGAGAUGUAUAUCUUAUUUUUUGUGACGCACCAUCACAACUUGCAGCCGACACUCACUACUGCUGCCACAGUAGUGAGGAGCCUCAUCUCCUCAAGGGCACGCGCCAGUUUUUUGGCAAAACGUGAAUAAUUGAAUUGUUUGAAAGGGUUGUUCCAUUUUAAGGUUUGGUUUCCUUGAAUAAGAUCAACUAUAGCACAAGGAAUUGUAGUUAUACUCUGCUGAAAACGGUGCAAUAUAAAGAUACUGAUAAUCAUUCCCCCUGGUUCUUAAUAUUUGCACUGUAUGACAGUGAAAUACGAAUUAAAUUCAGUUUAAUGUGCUUUUGAAAACUUCUUAAAAAGUAUUAAAUGAGUUGUUGAACCCUGCCGAAACCUCUGGUGACAGAGAUGUGGCUUUUGAAACACUUUGACCUUUUGCGUUACUGAUAAAUUAAUAGUUGUCAAAGCGGUCAAGUAAAUCUAACCCCCAAACUUUGAAGUUUAAUGUGGAGCCCUGCUCUAUUGCAGAGUUUCUCUAACUCCUCCUCGGCUGCUUGCUUAUGCGAUUGUACUUUAAAUGACAGUUUGGCCUUGAGUCAUCUAACGGUUCUUUAUGAAAAGUAGUUCCGAAAACCGACACUAACACUCCUAAUCCUGUCAGGACGUUUGUCUGGGGAAUGAAACGCUCUUAAAUUGAAAAGGACGGGGGAUGUAUUUGGGUCUGAGACUUAAAGUUCGAAGUUUGUCCCUAUAAACCCGAACCCAUUCACCGACUGCGUCUCGAAAUGAUGCAGCAGAAACACUCUGGUUGGAAACGGCUUUAGUUGAUGUGUAAUGUUCACACAAUAUAUUUAAGCAGCGAUGCAUAAUUCAUCUGUAUUAUCUGUAGUAUUCAAAAAAGUGUUGUGCUAAAACUAUAGACGCUUUACUGUGCUUAGUGACACUAGAUGUUAUUUAGCAGUACAAGGAAUGGAGAAUGUAUCAUCUUUGGUUAUGGUUUGCUUCAUAGAACGGGUUUAUUCCUUUUAAACUGUUUAAAUCUUCACGUACAGUAUUUGUUUUAAAACGUGAUCCUGCUCUCCCAGUGAGUUGGUGCCAUUAUCAGUUUAUAAACCAGUAGUGGGAACCUUUUAUCUGCUUAACUUUGCAAAGUCUUUUACCUGCAAGUGUUAAAACUCUCCUCUACCAGAGUGAGAAGAUUGUGUUCGUAGUGAGAAACUAAAUCCACCAGAUGCACCUCAAUGUAAGACCAAGCUCAAUUUGAUGACUGCACACAGACUAUAUAUUAUCAUUUGAAUAAAUGGGCAUGUGCACGUGAA